AUGUCGCAGACAUCGCAUCGUACCUGUCUUGAUGCUGCCACUGCAAGCAAACUCCUGUCUUCAGUGACUCCACCAGACGGCAAAGUCAUGGGCCUGGGGAUCACCUGCUAUAAUACCCCGUCUUCAAAACCUCCAGUCGAGACUUGCUGUGUCGACUCUAUGCGCAGCUGCAAUGUGAGAUCCUAUCUGAGCUCUACGUUGAAGCUCCCUAAUCUGACCACCACCCAGAGCGAUCCACAUGACAGAGAAGCAUCAAAUGUUCCUAUCUCAGCUUCCAAGGGAUCUGCCGGUGCUACCAUUACUCCUGAUGACAGUCCUAGCGGUUUACUAGGCAUGGAGAAGAAGAAUGAUCCCCCACGUCGUUGGCCCAGUGGCGUGCCCGGCCUGGGAAAUACUAUCCUAGGUCCUCGCCUUCCCAUGAUGUCCUCCUAUCCAAUCACUCCUCGCCAGAGUUCUCCAAAGCUCAAUGACAGCGCUACCUCAAAUCACAUCACUUCAUCUACCAAGGAACCUCUGGCUUCGCCGUCAAGAAAGCCCUGUCGAGCAAUCCGCACGAACACCAAGAGAAGGGCCAUCUCACCACCUUCUGGCGCUGAGCCUGCAGCCAAAGUUGCAAAGCUCCCUCCUGGCACAUCGAUCUAUGCUCAAGCUCCUGCUCGGAAGCAAAAACAAACGGAAGAGCAGAACAUGCCAGCCAAGCGAUUCGGACCAAGACGCCUCGGAACCGCUUCAGAGACUGAGAAGAGAGAGAAAGCUGCUAAGCUUUGGCAGGCUGAGAAGGAAAAGCUCCUUGAGGAGAUGAAGAAGGCUGUCGAUUGUGAAGAAGUCAAGGCACUCUCUGAUGAGAUUCACUCCAAUGUCGACAAGCAGCAUGGUGCGCAGAACGGAUCACAGCCUCUGGGUUCCGAUGUCGUUAUUGAAGGCCGUGCUGAAGUGGCAUCUCUGUCACCUGAAGCGAAGAAAAUCAUGGAGUAUGCAUGUGAGGAUGCUGAUGACUCAUCUCAACUGUUCAUUCAGCAGCAUGAUGAGCUUGGAAAGACUCAUAUAGGUCACAAGGAACCUGGAGCCUCUACCCAGAGAGCAUCACCCGACAGAAGAAGCACGAAGGAUCAUCCAUCUACGACUCUCGGAUGUACCACUGGCACCAACAACACUCAGGGUAGAAACCACCCCCUACCUUCAGCCUUGAAGAGACGUGGGUCUACUCCAACUUCGAGCGGAAAGCGAGUCUCGUUUGACCGCACAUCCCGCCUCGUUGAUCUCAUCAAGGAAGUCCGCGGCUUUCUUCUACCUUACACCCAUCUCCACUCUUCUUGUCCAACAGUCCGUCCUCUCCAAAUUAUCCACAACUCGCUCACUUCGCCAUCUCUCACCGCCGCAACGCUUUCAAAAGCACUCAAAGAUGCCCAAGAGCUGUUGAAAGUCCUGGUUGCCCAUCAAACCACAACUCUCAAUGACCUCGAGAUCACCAGAGAGGCACUGCAGAGAGUGGGCAUGGAAGGUGUUCUCCGCCACGCAAAAGCAAGAGUCCAGGAUACAGAGGCCGAUGUGCAGAAGCUUGAAAAGUGGAUGGCUGAGUGUCACUCUCUUGCUGGCGAGCCUUGA